GCUGUUUCACUGGCAGUGACUGAGAGUUCGUCUAUGCGUUGGUUGCAGUCAUACAGCCAUAGAGUGUAUGAAGAGAUAGACUGUAUUUCAUAGCAAUAGUAGUAAUCAGUGACUGAAGACUGUGUCAAAUAUGGCCGAACCGACCGAUUCUUCUCUGGCCUUCUUCUCAAAGGCCACUCCUCAGCAGUGGUCCUAUUGUCGCACUCUUUACGAGGAAGUGAUCCGACUUAAGGCGAUGGAGAGGCGGUCCAAGAAGACGGGGCCCGAAGAGCUCAUCAAACUUGACAAUUGGACAGUGGUGUCCGCGAUGAUGCUCUUUGUGGGAACAGUAGACAGUCGGCACUCUGCCGGUGCUCUACCGGUACUCUACUAUCUGUUGGUCUCCUCGCAAACCCCAUUGAAAGGGAGAACAGCUGUCGACCGAUCCAUUGCCUCCAUGUAUCAGGAUCAGUUGCCUAAACUAAUUCAUUCGCGUAAAGAUCCACAUAUUAUUCAUGAAGAAUUGGUUCAAAUAACUAAAUGGAAAUUAAUGAGGGGCAAAUAUCGGCCCAGACUUCUAGAUUUGGUGCGAAUAAACACCGAAACGGCAGUAUUAACCACAAGUAAAAAGGCGUUCAGAAAACUGUAUCAUCAAAAAAAUCUACAACAAGCUAUCAAUGCUUUGGUUACACUUAAGGGUAUCGGACCCGCAACUGCUUCCGCUGUACUGUCGGCCGCAUAUCCAGAACACGCGCCAUUCAUGGCUGAAGAGUGCAUGUUAUCGACGCCGGGAGUCGAGGCCACAGACUAUACUCUCGCAGAAUAUAACACUUAUAGCGAACAAAUCAAGACUAUCUGCGAACGACUUAAACAAAGCGACCCUGAGGAGAAAUGGACGCCCAAUGCGGUGGAUAAGGCGCUUUGGUGUCAUUACUUGGCGCGAGAACUCAAACCCGAAUUGAUUGAAGCGAUGCCCGCAGCCGACGGUUCCAAACGGCACGUCAUUAAGAGUACAGAGAAUAAUGAAGACUCGGUCGACACGACAGACAUAACGCCGACAAUACCGACCGCAACGCUGACGGUGUCGAACGGAAACGCCGCUAAUUCUCUGUCGGACGAGAACUCUUCGGGUCCGUCGUCCGAAGUGGAGGACAAGAGCAACGACUCGUCAUUCGUGGCCAACAAGAAUGGAAACGGAAAUAUCGGAAAUCUCAACGGAGAGGACAGUAAGGACUUCGGCUCCGAGUGCGUCGAGAGCGAAGACUCGCGUUUAAUCGCCUCCGAAGAGAACAGCAUUGAUAACGGUUUGGACAGUAGUGUCGAACCGGUGUUCAAGAAGCAGAGAGUCGACGGGUCUGACCAGUUGUCGGCCGUCGCCGUGGCUGUCGGAGAAGACGCCCAGUUAUAG